CAAAAAAUAAUGUCAAAAGGCAUCAUAAAUACUCUGAAUGGUGUAUAACCAGAUUUUUAAAUGAAUGUGAAGAAGAGCCAUUUGAAAUAAAGAUUGAUCUUUACAUAAAGAGCCUCGAAGAUAUCGUUAAACAUGAAAAAGGUAAUAGGGCUGAAAAAUCUCAAACCCUUAUUGACAGAUAUAAAAAGGAAAGGGAUGGUAUGAUGAAUAAUUCUGGAGCAAUCAAUGGUGUGCUGGAGAAAAGAAAUCAGGAAGUGGAAGACCACAAGGUUCAGUCCAAAAAAACCAGAAAUGGAAGGAGUAUUCCAAACUAUUGUAAAUUUUUUGACGAAACAUCAGUUUCAGAUAUCAAAGUUGGAGAGAAUAAAGAGGAGCAACCUGAAAAUCCAUAUGAUAAAGAACCGAAAUGCAGAAGCACAACUUCACAAUUAAAUAACAACUUUGAUGAUCAUGAAAAGCAUCAAGAUUAUGGAGAAAAUGUAUCCAAUUAUGAAGAGUACUUUGAAGAAGAAAUUCCAGCUGAUAUGGUUUCAUCUGAAACUAUUGCAAGUUGGGUUUUGUCAAGUGACAUAUUGCUCUCUAGUUUUAAUUUCCUAAAUUCUAAUAUUGAUAUUUUUAGUCUGACCUACUUUUGGAUACUAGAUCUUUCUGGAGAGAAUAUUGAAGUUAAAAAUUUGCUCACAGAUGAAGAAUGGAAUGAAAUGACUCAAGAUUUUAAGAGCAAUGUUAAUUUAAAUGGUUUGGAAGACGAACAAGAGAGGCCUAUCUAUAAGCUGAUGAACAAAAUCGCCAAG